AUGACCUCCAGCGGCUGGGUCUCACCCCCCGGCCUUUCCUCUACCGUCGGCUCCUCCUCGUCUCUCCCCUCAUCCUUCCAGCUCGACGAUGGUGGUAUUCUUAACGACCUUGACGGACACUUUGAGGAAAUCGGCCUCGAUGACGACAACAUCGAGGAGUACCACCGUCCCACGCUCCAGAAGCAACCUCCCCGAGGGCCCAUGAUGUCCCGCCCUCUCAGCAGCAUGGGCCCUCAAUCUCGAAAUUCUCUUGGUAGUCGCGACCUUACAAACGGUAGACGACCUGCACACACAAGUCUUCAACCCCAAGUCCACACUCCACAAGCCGAUCAUCUAGUCCCCUACACCCCCAGUAGCAGACGCGCUGUUUCAACUACUGGUCUCAACAGGCUCUCACUCACAAAUCGCUCCCCAUCACCCUCCCCUUUGGGCCCAGUGCCUCCUGUGUCGCCAGGGCGCCCAACAACCUCUAAUGGUCCAGGAAUGGCACCAGGCCGUCGCUCAUGGCAGGCUGCAAGGAAAACAGUCGAGGAGCUCGAAAAUGAGUGCGAUUCGGAUGACGACAUACCCGCGGAUACAAUUUUCUACAAUGUUCCAGUAUCACCGCGCUCAGCAAGAGCAUUAAGCGCUACACCGAGCCCGGACCGAACUACAAUGUUGGAGUCUCCGCUUGGAGGGCGUCCUGGAAACGCGGGACCUACGCCGCCGGCUACACGUCCGCCAACACGGGGAGGGUCGACAAGUAAUAUUCCGAUUGCCGGGGAGCCCGCACAUGGAGAUUCUAUCAGGGGACGUACGCAAUAUCGCGCCAAGAGCUGGAGCGACGCAAUGAGUGAGCUGGGAACCGAGGCAAAGGAGCUCAGCGAAGCGCUAGAAGCAUAUGCCGAGAUCGAGAGUGAAAAGACCGAGAAACGGCUUGCGCUGGGAAAGGCGGAACCACUACACAAGAACGCAUCGCCCACAAAAGCAGCUCCGGUGGAUCUACCGCCGAUACAGAUGCAGAAUGGGAUGAUUGAUCCAUUGCCGAUAAGUAAAGAGAAGGCUGAAGUCUUGUCAAGGACGAGGCCGAGCUGGUUGCCUCCGAAGAGCAAAGAGGAGGAGAAGAGACACUUGAAGGAGUACCAGAAGAUGAUGCGGUUAUCGCAAGAAGCUGAACGCAAACGUGUGGAAAAAGAACGCGCCGAACAGGCUGAGAAGGAUCGCAUGAAGACUGACACUCACAAACUUUGGGAUCAACACAUAAUCCCCAAUUGGGAUACUAUGGUGCGCACCGAAGAAACUCGCGAGCUCUGGUGGCGCGGUGUAGCCCCGAGGUGUAGAGGCAAAGUAUGGAACAUGUCGUUCGGAAAUCAUCUCACGGUGGGCCCCGAGACCUUUAAGCUCGCUCUCAAGCGCGCACGAGAUGUAGAACAAGGUGUGAAAAAGAGCCCAACUAUGUACUCCUUCAAAGAGCGGGAACUGUUUGACUCAAUCCGGAAAGACGUCAAUAAGACCUUCCCUGAGUUGAAGAUUUUCCAAGAAAAUGGCCCGCUUCAUGAGUCGCUUCUGGAAGUUCUUCAAGCCUAUUCCAUGUACCGCUCGGACGUUGGUUAUGUUUACGGCACACACACUGUUGCUGGCCUCCUCCUUCUAAACCAGUCCCCAACAGAAACAUUCACAACACUUGUUAAUCUCCUAAAUCGUCCUCUCCCGCUUGCCUUUUACACACAAGACUCCGGUGCGAUGUCACGUGUCUACAGUCUUUUCCUUAAGGCGUUUAAAUACAAACUUCCCUCGCUACACGCCCACAUUACCGCCACACUAAAAUUGCAGCCGGCGCAGUAUCUCGAGGCAAUGUUUUUAACAUUGUUCUCGCUGCAUUGCCCGCUGGAUAUUGUGUGCAGAAUCUGGGAUGUGUAUGGAUUCGAGGGAGAUGCGUUCUUGGUCAGGUGCGCGGUUGGCGUACUGACAGUGCUUGAAAGCAAGUUAUAUGGGAGCGCGGAGGAAGUUGUUAGGUUACUAGGAUGGCAGGGAGCUAAAGUCAAGUGGGACGUAGGCACUGAGGACUCUUUCAUGGAAGCAGUCCGAGCGGCCGGAAAAGAGACAAAAGAGGACGAGGUUGGACCUAAUUGGUGA